GCUUCCAAACUUCUCUCUUUUGUGCAUUUGUGGAAAUUGAUUAGGAAGCAUGAAUUAUGUUACAUAAUAGUUGCUUAAAUUUUAGCGUCUUGUAAUAUUUUGAUACUCGAUAAUAAUAUUAUUUGCUAUGCUUAAAUUAUUUCCGACAAAAUGUUGAGUUGUCUGAUAUACUAAUUAAUUAUUUAGUAGUAUUUUUCAAAAAAUACUUUUUCCUUUUACUAAUCAAACAACUAAAAACAGUUUUUAGAAUAAUAUUUUCUAUUCACCAACUAAACACCAUAAAAUAUUUUUCACUCAUCAACCAAACAUCAAAAAAUAAAUAGAAAAUUAACUUAUUUUCGAGGAAAACAUUUUCCAUCAUACCAAACACACCCAAAAAGGAAAAUGCUAAAGUUAAAAGAUUUGUUGGCCAUUGAUCGGAUCUUGGUCGACCCGAAUUCGAGUAUUCUUUACCAAAGCAACCCGGGAAGGUGCAGAUGUUUUUUGCCAUUUUUCAAUUUCACAGUUGGUAUGAGCUAAAAGGUUGUAGUUUCCACUUGCCAUGGAUCGUUGGACAGGAAUAUUGAAGGUGCCGUUGUACGCUAAAUAUUAUAGAGUUGCUGCUUCUCUUUCCCUUUUACCUUCUUCCAAAUCUCUCUCUGCGCCUGCUGCAAAUGUGAUUUUUUUCAAUGGAGAUAAGAUUGAAGGGACAGGAAAUCCAGUGAUUGAGAAGCUAUCUGACCAACAGAAAAUUGCUGAACUCUUGGUUUCAAAAUUUGGGAAUUCUAUCAAUUGUUGGUUUGUCGAUGCACCUGUCUUUAAUGGACCUUUUGCAGUUUAUAAGGACUUUAUACCUUCUGUCAAUGAAUAUGGAGAACCAAAAGUUUAUGAUGCUGAUGGUUUCCCUGCUUCUUCUUCCAUUGUCUUGCUUUUGUGGAAUUGCCUGAAAGAGGCAAAAAGUGUCAUUUUUGGGAAGCAAAAGGAGACCUAUCAAGCUGAAGUUUCUACAUCAUCCUCAAGUACACCAAGAACAUUGUUGCUUGGAUUUAGCAAGGGCGGUACUGUACUUAACCAGCUGGUUACUGAGCUUAGUUUCGCACCAGUCCAGUUCACUGAAGACGUGUCGCUAGCAAAUAAGAAUGCCACAAAUGGAGGAUUUGCCCCUCAGCCACAAGAUCAGAUCAUUCCAAAUUCUAAAGAUGGCUUUUUAAAUAGCAUAGCUGAGUUCCAUUACGUAGAUGUUGGUCUAAACACAGAGGGAGCAUAUGUAACCAACCAAGAUGUCAUUAAUAGAAUCUCUGAGCGCCUCAUCCAAGGAGCCCCUGGAAUUCGGUUUUUCCUUCAUGGAACUCCUAGACAAUGGUUUGAUCGUGACAGGAUUUGGAUCCGGAAGGAGAAAGACGAGUUUUUUCGGCUGCUCAAGGAAGCAACUCGGAAGAAUAUGGGGAAAUUGUAUAUACGCGAAAGAUUGUAUUUUGGUAAUAAGCUCCCUGAUCUCCAGAUGCACUUUGAAAUCAUCGAGCAUUUGGAUGUGAGCUGAGUGUUCCUUGUUGAUGAAAUGCAUGUUUUCACCUUUUGUCAACCUCCCGGAACUAGUCCUAGUCAUCAAUACGAUUAUGACCUUUUUGCUCUGUGAUUGUUAUAGUAUUUCGUAAGUGAUGUUGCAGUUAAAGAUUUUCUUGGAUGUCUAUAUAUUCCAUACACUUUUUUUUUCCUUUUUGUAUAUUUAAAGGAGUAUGGUUAGACCCCGAAGACAUUGUAGAUGCUUUUAAACUCAUUUAAACUUUGUGGGAAGCAUCAAUUUUACAUCUUUAUUUGCUGUGAAA